UCUUGGAGUUGAUAUUCGGGACUUUUGUUUAAAUAUGAAGUUAGCAGCUUUAUAUAAAGAUCUUACCGACUUUCAGGAUUACGGAUUAAGAACGUGUGUGUCGUCUCCAAAAUUCGAGGUCAUGAUAAAAUACUCGUUUGAUUUAUUCGAGGAGUCAUCAUAA